CUCUGUCCGAGUUUGCUUUUUCGUUUGGCUGUGUUGGGCUUCGAAGAAUCUUGGAGUUAUUGAGUUGACAAGGCUGGUCUCAGAUGCUUGUUACCUUCUCAGUCUUACUGGUUUCGUUUUACUGCCUGUUACUGCCAUUGUUUGAGACUCAGUAAGGAAACUACCAGGUUAUGGACUGUUAAGGGAUUGUUUUGCCUAAGAAAGAAGAGCUGUAACGUGAAACUUGAGCAUGGGGAAGCAGAACAGCAAGCUGCGGCCGGAGGUGAUGCAGGAUCUGCUGGAGAGCACGGACUUCACUGAGCAUGAAAUCCAGGAGUGGUAUAAGGGCUUCCUGCGGGACUGCCCCAGCGGCCACCUUUCCAUGGAGGAAUUCAAGAAGAUCUAUGGCAACUUCUUCCCCUACGGAGAUGCCUCCAAGUUUGCUGAACAUGUAUUCCGCACCUUUGAUGCUAAUGGCGAUGGCACAAUAGACUUUCGGGAGUUUAUAAUUGCGCUCAGUGUCACAUCCCGAGGAAAGCUGGAGCAGAAACUGAAAUGGGCAUUUAGCAUGUAUGACUUGGAUGGGAAUGGAUACAUCAGCAAAGCAGAGAUGCUGGAAAUCGUACAGGCUAUUUAUAAAAUGGUGUCUUCAGUAAUGAAGAUGCCGGAGGAUGAGUCCACACCAGAGAAAAGAACAGAGAAGAUCUUUAGGCAGAUGGAUACCAACCGAGAUGGUAAAUUGUCCCUGGAGGAAUUCAUUAAGGGGGCGAAGAGUGACCCGUCUAUUGUGCGUUUGCUGCAGUGUGACCCCAGCAGUGCAGGACAGUUCUGAAACCAGCCUGCCCCUCUUUCUCCUCCUCCAUUUUAUUUAUUUAUGGGUUUUUAUUUCCAUUUUGAUGCGCAGUAACUCUCCAGUCCAAGAUAGGGACAAUGAGUGCCAAUUCAUAUGGGUCUGUGUCCCAUCAGCGUGAGCUUGACCAGAUAUAGGACUCCCCCUACAUACACACAAACUCUUCCCCCUAUUUUUCCUCUCUCUCUCUUGCUCUCUCUCUUGCUCUCUCUCUUGCUCUCUCUCUUGCGCUCUCUCUCUUGCUCUCUCUCUCUUGCUCUCUCUCUC